AUGUCACGUGAAAGAUUGGCAGGAAACAAGACAGCAUCACGCAUUCACAUACUUGGCGCCUCUGGCUCUGGUGUUAGCACCCUCGGCACGAACCUAUCUUCCGUGCUCUCCCUUCCUGUCUUUGACGUUGACAAUUACUACUGGCUUCCCACCAACCCGCCAUACACUACUCAACGGCCAAUUCAUGAGCGCAUCGCUUUGCUCAGACCCGAUCUUGGACACGCUAAAGAGGAAAAUGGGGGAUGGCUGCUAAGUGGAUCGAUGGGUUCUUGGGGUGAGGAGAUCAUGGAAGAUGUCGAGCAUGUGAUAUUCGUGGAUACACCGACGGAUGUGAGGAUGAAGCGGUUAAGGGAAAGAGAAUUCAAGCGCCAUGGAGAGAGGAUUCAAGAGGGUGGAGAUAUGCAUGAGGAGUCAGUGAAAUUCUUGGAAUGGGCGGAGGCGUACGAGGAUCCAGGUUUAGAGGAAGGUAGGAGUAGGCUGAGGCAUGAGCAGUGGCUACGAGAGGUGAGGGUACCAGUUACGAGGUUGUCGGGGGACCAGGAUGAGUUGGUGGUGAUGAAGGAGGCCUUGAAAGCGUUAGGGAGGGAUAGUGAAAGGUGAAGGGAGGGAGAGG